CGGGCUGCGCUCCUGCACAGCGCCGGGCUUUGCUCGUCCCUGAGCCCGCACGGGCCCUGUUUGCGGUGUCGGACGGAGCUCGGUGAAGACGUGCCGGCAGAUGGCACAAGAUGAGCUGUAACGAUCAAGAUCAUUUCAGUGGACAGAAUAAUAUUUUUCCUUCCGAGAGCUGGCAACAGGAUUCUGAGCUCCUCCUGCAGUGCCACCAUACUCACUGCCUUUUCCUAGGAUGGGACAUGGAGAUAAGUUCCUGUUUUCACUUUAGCUGCUAAUGGAGUUAUUGGCUUCAUCAGUGGAAAUGCAGAUCCAUGAAAUUACAUCUUGUGCAAGUUGUUGUUAACUGCUGGCAAUGUCUAUGAUUUUAUCUGCCUCUGUGGUCCGUGUGAGGGAUGGACUCCCACUGUCUGCAUCCACCGAUUAUGAUCAAAGCACGGGAGUGCAAGAAUGUAGAAAAUACUUUAAAAUGCUCUCAAAGAAACUUUCUCAGCUUCCUGAUAGAUGUACUCUGAAAACUGGACAGUACAACAUAAACUUUAUCAGUUCUCUGGGAGUAACUUACAUGAUGUUGUGCACUGAGAACUAUCCCAGUGUUUUGGCUUUCUGCUUCCUGGAUGAGCUUCAGAAAGAAUUCAUCACUACCUACAAUAUGAUGAAGACAAAUACUGCUGUCAGACCAUACUGUUUUAUAGAGUUUGAUAAUUUCAUUCAGAGGACCAAACAGAGAUAUAACAACACGCGUUCUUUAUCAACAAAGAUGAAUCUUGCUGACAUGCAGACAGAAAUCAAACUGAGGCCGCCUUAUCAAAUUUCCCUGUCAGAACUUGGUUCAGCUAAUGGGUUUGCACAUUUAUCUGCAGCAGAAUAUAAGGGUACCGGUAAGAUAUCUGCAGCUCCUCACCAACGUCUGGAACCUGUGACCCUGCCUGGGAUUGUCUCAUUUGUACUCAGUCUCCUGUGCGGAGCUUUGAAUUUAAUUCGUGGCUUUCAUGCCAUAGAAAGUCUUCUGCAGAAUGAAGGUGAAGAUUUCAGCUAUGUUAUUGCAUUUUUUCUCGGAACAGCAGCCUGUUUGUACCAGUGUUACCUGUUCGUGUAUUACACAGGCUGGAGGAAUGCCAAAUCCUUCCUGACUUUUGGGUUAAUUUGCCUGUGUAACAUGUACCUGUAUGAACUGCGCAACCUGUGGCAGCUCUUCUUUCAUGUGACUGUGGGAGCAUUUUCAACGUUGCAAAUCCGACUGCGACGACCGCAGGGGAAGUCCCCAGAUUACAAUGUGUGACAAGUCCUGGAACAUUUAGAGGCGGUCUUGUUCCAACAGAUAUUCACUCUCAGGAAUGUAAAGCUGUUCUCCAAAAGAAGAAGCUGGCUGGAUGGCGCUUUUUGGUUUUGUUCCUUUUUUUUAAUUAAGCAAUGUAAGAUGCCUGCGGACAUUUUUCACUUGCUGGUUAAAAACCCUUUUCUUUUAAAGGAACAGCUGAGGACACAGAUGAAUAAAGAACUAGAGGAGAGAAGGGGGUCAUAUCGUGUAGUAAAAUAUGUGUUGAUGGGAGGCUAAUUUGGGGAAUUUGGUGGCAUGAAAAAAGCUUUGCUCAAGAGUAUGUCAAUGAUGGAAGGAACAUAGAGUAUGUGUCCUGCAUAUCAUGCAAGCUCUUCACUUCCAAAAUCAGUUUUGCCUUUGUGAGGCAGUAGAGGAUAGGCUAAGUUAAUAUUAAAAAUGCUGUUGCGUAUUAGCAAACUAGAUUUGGAAUAUGUAAUCUACUAAAUUUUGGAAUGUUUUGUUACACGUUGACAUUUGCGUGAGUGUUUUCUUGAUUAAAACAUAACCUGGAAA